UGAGGAACAUUAUGUUCUGCGGCUGCUGAUUGUGGUCGGAAACUAUUCGCGGACGUACUGGGAGCUGUUUAUAAACAACACCUCUGUCCGAAGAGGCAGCGAAUUGUUGUCUGAACGUUUAAGUUUUUCUUCACAAUAUGGAGGCUCGCAGUAGUCAUUAGCGAGUGUAAAUGACUUUGUCGAGUUGUCUUUUUACUGGGACAGUUCGUGCGACGUGGCCUCGAAAUGUGGACUGAAGGGAACAGUAGAAGGCGUCAUCAAACCGUUUACGUCACUCCGAAGUUAAUUGCCAUUAACGCUGGAACAAACGAAACAACAAUAUCUGUGGGCGCAGCGAGAUAAAGCUGAGCAGGUGUCUUGUCAAAGUUACGCAGUAGUGUUGGCUGUGGGCAGUCAGCGGGACACAUGGCAGAGGAAGGCAACAAGCUGACACUGAGGCGCCUGGAGGCACCGAUCCACAAGUUCAUUAAAGUGGCUCUGCCCACAGACCUGGAGAGACUGCAGAAACACCAUAACAACAUACUGAAGUACCAGCAUACCCAGCAAUGGGAUCGCCUUCAUCAGGAGCAUAUUAAUGCCAGCAGAACUGUUCAGCAGCUGAGAGCCAACAUGAGAGAGAUGGAGAAGCUGUGCACUCGGGUCCGUGCUGAAGACGCCGACGCUCUGGAAGCGCUCAUCAAGCCGGUCAGAGACAGGGCGUCAGCCGCUGCACAGGACUUCCUCCGUUUGCACUCUAACCCCGAGCCUCAGCCCGCUCCAGCGUCACCACCUGCCACUCAUUCAUCCAGCUGUGCAUCCAGUAGCUGCCACACUGAUGACAAUACGGGCGACGUACCAGGAUUUGGCAGGCAAAGCCAGGUCCAGCUCCCAGAAAUCCCUCCUGAUCAGAGAGCAGCUGAGUCCUGGGAUAACCUGGAAGAGGUAUGCACGUCUGGAACAAGCUUUAGUCUGCAAGUCAUAGUCGGAUAUGUUCUAAUUGUUAGGUAAGCUGUAUGUAAAUGUCGAGCUUUAAGCCUGUGUGCUGAUUAUAAAUAAAAAAUCAUUUGUCCGUUAUGGUGGGGUGUUAUUAUCCUACAAGUUUUGACUUAUUUCUUUGCUGUGAUCUCAUAGCAAACAAAGAAGUCGAUUUAUUGUUUCAGGCAUGCAAUUUCAAUCUCUCUUUUUUUUCUUCUUCUUUUUAGGCCUAAUAGGAUAAUAGCAAACCAACAAAACUAUGCCUUACAUUUGUUGCUGUAUCCACAGUCGCUGCUAUUGACUGGGUGGUGUUCUGUGGUCCUUUUUAGUGUGCUGAUAGAGAAGCAUAGGGUGAGGGGUUUCUCGUAUGCAUGAACUCUCACCUGGAAAAAGACUUUAAAAGCAACACAGCGGGCGUUUUUUUUCACAGGCGACAUGUCAUAGUUAUCAGCAUGGUACGAGAACCCUGAAACUCACACAGCUAAAUUUAAAUUCAUGAUUUAUUUCACAUGUAUGCCAUGAUAUCUGUUCCUGCAGACACAUUUAGAUCUAUAGCACAUCCUAAUUAGUCACUCUCGUUAAUGCAGUUAUGAAUCCCAUUCACUGACAGUCUGGACACUUUGUAGCUGUAGAUUUGUACGAUAAGCACCUCAAACAAAUCAAUACAGCAUUUUAAUUUUUUUUUUCUUCC